AAACGUCUACCCAGAAAAUAAUCGUGAAAAGAAAAAAUAAAUGUAUGAGAAUGUACUUGAAUGGCCAGAUGUAGAUCUACAAUGAACGGUUGUUUUAUGUCUGUGUUUAUUUGAUUUUGGCCAAAUUUCGGAUUUGUGGUGAUUCUUUGAAACGUUAAAAGCUACAAAACUUGUUUUUUGCUUUUUCUUUUUGGACUCUUUUAACUAGUCCGUCAGUUCAGUAGGACGAAAACCAAAAAAUGGGUUUUGCCAACUAUAUACAGAAGAGCGGGAUGAAUAUUUUGAUGCAGGUAUUGGGAGUAAGAAUUAGAGGCAGCACGCCCGCGUGUUUAUAUAUAAGUAAGCCAUAAAGAUAUAAUCCGCAGAUUUUAUCGAAAAAAUAAAUAAAAAACUACGUACAACAUGUUAACAUAGCGGUGCAUUUUAAAUCUUAACGACUACCUUGUAUUUUUAUGGGUUAAAAAAUUAUUUCGAUUAGAAAUGGAUUUAUAAAAGCGGGGGUUUAUCUAACUUUUCGUUCGACAUAUCAGCAAUCACUUGUUUAUGGCGCUUAAACCUAGCUCGUAUUUUAUCAUCAAUAUAAAGAUUGUUUUGUAAAUUAUUCAAGUUGCUUAACAAGUUUUAAAGCAAAAUAAGGAUAACAUUUAGAAGAUACAAGUUAAAGCGGGUUAGAUAAACUUGUUAUUACUACAGGAUUUAAUUCCCAUCGUAAUAACUUAUACAAUUUUUUGCAGAUUACGAAUUCUAGUUUUAACAGUUUAAUUUUUACGAAUAUAUAGUAUCCCCACCACCAAAAGGAUGGUACAAACUUACAUACAAGGUAUUUUCCUGGGUUUUCUGUUCGGAAUAUUAAUGACGUCAUCAACCGCGUGCGUCACAGACAGUGAUUGUCCUUAUGGGUCAUGUGACCAAGCAAGAGGGGUGUGUUCGUGUCGUUUGUCGUGCAAUGAGUUCCAACCACGCCUUGCAUGCUCCAAUUUAAGAACACAGCUCGACACCGACUGCAGGGCGCUUAAUCAUGGCUGUACGUUACAACGACAAGUGCUAAUCAAGACGAUCAACAUAACACAGUAUAUUAACGCUGGCCGAAACUGCAGGAAUAUACUCACACCGUGGAACGAGGACCAACUUUGUUUAGAUCAAAGUUUUUGUCAUAACAAUGGUAUCUGUUACGUAUCGGCCGUCAAUUCGCAACCAUACUGCAGAUGUAAAUCGUCUCACUGCGGAAGGAGGUGUCAAUGUAAGAAGCCUAAAGUCUCCGCUACACGUGACUCGACCAAUCGCGUGCUUGUAAGUAUAUCACGUGGCGGAGAAUCAACCAAUCAGAGCCGACAAGCAGGCGGGGUUGGAGCAGUUAGCCACAUUGUACCUUACGUCACAAUUGGGAUCUUCUCAUGCAUGUUAACGUGCUGUUUUGUCGUCGGUUAUCGUAAAAGGCGGCAAUUACGGGAUCAAUGCGCCGUGACGGAUGCUGACGUAACUUCCGGUUCCGACGAACUACAGGAAGUGACGUCACCAUUGCAAAACAAGUCGGAGGAACCGCCGACGAAUUCCCAAUGUGACGUCAUAAAGGUCAUUGUACAUAAACAAUCGAAGACAAAGGAAACAGAUCGAACUUCGGUUUAAUAUAUUCCAGCUUUUUUCUUUUUUUUCUACAAUUUUUAUUAUUUAUUUAUUAUGACGUACAUAUCACUGUAAUAAGGUUCCAAACCACUUGCGUUAUUUUUCCGACCAAACUUAUUAUUUGCAACGAAAGGCCUCAAAACCUGGCAAUUCCCGAUGUUUUCCGAACACUAGCUUCGGGCGGACUUAUGUGACGUCACAAUACCGUUUGUCACGACCAGCGGUGGGAAAUUUCCACCGACCAUGACUCAGCUUAUUUUAUCAUUAUUGUUGACUCAAUUAUAGUAAUACCGAUUAUUUCGAAACAUGUUCAUUUCUCGCACUUUAUUAUUGCUUCUUAUUCGUAUUGCACUGUUAGUUCCAAAUAAACAGAGAUAUAAACAUUUAA